UCACUUUAUUCGAACAUACACAGUACACAGUAGAUCUGAGGAGGUGAUAGCUGGUGAUGUUGGACUUCUGAUCAGAAGGUCAUGAGUUCAAAUCACACCACUGCUAAGCCCUUGAGAAAUCCCACUACUGGGCCCUUGAGAAAUCCCACUUCUGGGCCCUUGAGAAAUCCCACUUCUGGGCCCUUGAGAAAGGCCCCUAACCCUCAGUUGUAUGAAUAAGAUAAAUGUAAGUCGCUCUGGAUAAAGAGCUUCUGCCAAAUGCCAUAAACGUAAACGUCUGGCUGAUUGUUUAAGGUAAAAGUCAGUAGAACUGUGACACUAAAAGGACUAAAAACAGUUAAUACACAUCCAUAAGGCAUUAAUAACGGGUAUAUUACACCGGAAAUGUUUCUUAUUUUAUUUAAUUGCACCAGGAGACAACACAGGGAGCAAAACUAAACCCUAUUCAACGUCACGGCCCAUUCCCACAAUGCAUAGCAACACGCAUGCGCACUAUGGACGCCUCUGGCGCCCCGCCCCCCCUGUUCAAUUUAGACAAGGCUCCCCUUAAAGAUGGCGGGCGCCUCCGACCCUCUGGAAGAUAUGCUGUUCUCAGAGGUGGACGAGAAAGCCGUGAGCGACCUGGUGGGCUCGUUGGAGUCGCAGCUCGUCGGCCGAAGCGGAAACAAAGCUGGCGGAGCCAAGCAGCAUCUCGUCGGGAAAUCGUUAGCUUCUCGGGCUAGUACUCCAUCGGAGCAGCAGCAACAACAUCAUCAUCAUCAUUAUCAACAUCAUCACCAUCAUCAUCAUCAUCAUCAUCUCCAACAACAUAAAGCCGGGACGGAGCGAGGUUCGGACCCCAGUGAGAGCACCGCAGCGGCCACGGAGAGCGGCGUGAAGGCGAGUACGAGCGUUUCGCGUUCACACUCCUGCUCCUCCUCCUCCUCCUCCACAUCUCCAUCCCCAUCCUCCUCGUCCUCCUCGCCGUCAUCUAAGAUUCCCGCGCAGGAUGGAGCGGCGUCUUCUCCCGCGGCCGGGCGGAGAGCAGCAGCCGCACCAGCCCCGGGCUCCGUGGAGACGUCGCGGCAUUACGGCACGCGGAAGAAGCGAGGCGGGGGCGCGAGGGGCUCCGCGGCGGCGCGCAACUUGAACGGCGCCGCGACCUGCGCCGCCGGAGUCGCGAGCCCGCCGUCGAGCGCCGCGGCCGCGGUUUCCAUGGCGACGGCGCGCGCCAACCCUACCACGUACACCGUGUCCGGCGCGAGCGGGUCUGUCGCGCUCGACAAGGGGACGCCCACGAUCGCGCUGCAACGACUCCCGAGUCACAUCGUGGCCAGCAUCGCUCAGGGCAGGAACGGCACCAGCGUGUCCGCGCUCAUCCAGCAAGGGAGUGAGAACCACAGCAAGAAAGCCGAGAUCGACCAGGACAAGACCAAAGCAGAUGUGCAGCAGCUUCAGCCUGGGAGUGUAAACUCUGUCCCGAGUGCUGCGUGCAUCACAGCGACUCAGUCUCAACCUCAAACCGUAUCCCAACCUCAAUCCCAAUCCCAUGUAUUAUCUCAACCCCAAUCCCAAUGCCAAACUCAAACGCAAUCCCAUGUAGUAUCCAAACCUCAAUCCCAAUCUCAAUGCCAUACUCAAUCCCAAUCCCAUGCAGUUUCCCAGCCUCAAUCCCAACCUCAAUGCAACUCAAUCCCAAUCCCAUGUAGUUUCCCAGCCUCAAUCCCAACCUCAACCCCAAUCCCAAGUAGUAUCCCAACCUCAAUCCCAAAACAGUCCCAAUCCCAACCUCAAUCCCAAUCAAAAGUAGUAUCCCAACCUCAAUCUCAAACGCAAUCCAUAUCCCAGUCUCAAUCCCAAAGUCAGUCUCAGCCUCAAUCCCAACCCCAAUCCCAAACAGUAACCCAACCUCAAACUCCGCUUCAAUCUCCAUCCCAACUCCAGCCUCAAACUCAAUCCCAGCCACAGCAUCAACCCACGCUUCAACCUCAAACACAAUCCCAACCUCAAACCCAAACGCAGCCCCAAUCUCAACCCCAGCCUCAGCUCCAACCUCAGCCUCGACCCGCAGCUCCACUGCAGAGGAUCACGGCUCCGCAACUCAUCGUCCGACCGCCUCAGCAGCAAGCAACGAUCCAGCUUCCUCCAGGAUUUACAAUUCCGGCAGGCAUGGUAUUAGUGCGGACAGAGCUGGGGCAGUUAAUGAUGGUUCCACAGCAAGCACUGGCUCAAGCCCAGGCCCAGAGCACCCUCUCGCCCCGUCCUGCUGCCCCCACCACCACAGCCACCUUCAGAGUUACCACCCCACAGGCUUCCGUCUCGGUCCCGACCUCUCGGGUGAGUCCAGCUGUUCAGAAUAAAGUGGUUCAGUCGCAAACCCUGAGUCCUGCUCCUCAGACCUGCACUACUUCCUCUUCUACUUCUACUGCUACUAUUACUACAACUUCUACUACUACUACUGCUACAACUACAACCACAACUCCUGCUGUUACUAGGGCGCCGUUAGCAGUGACAACGCCCCAGCAGCACCCUGCAGCUCUGGCCCCUCAGGGGCCCACCCUGGCUCCACCAACCGCAGCUGGCCCUGCUCCUGGAGCAACCGUCAUCUCGCAGGAAAUGCAAGAGAAUGUGAAAAAGUGUAAGAACUUCCUGGCAACGUUGAUCAAACUCGCAUCCCAUAAUUCCCCAUUGCCGGAGACGUCACGCAACGUGAAAGCACUGGUGCAGGACCUUCUGGAUGCCAAAAUUGAGCCGGAAGAAUUCACCAGCCGGCUGCAGACGGAGCUAAAGUCAUCACCACAGCCUUACCUGGUGCCUUUUCUAAAGAAAAGCCUGCCGGCGUUGCGUUUGUCCCUGAUGAAUAGUCAGCAGUCACUCACUCCACAGACUAAGACCACCACAUCUCUAACGGGAACAGUCGCAGGGGCUGUUACUACUGGCAACGCCCCCCGGCAACCCAACAGCACUAUUACACCGCCACAGAAUAUUAAGAGGACAGGGACGAUAGGAGGACAGGUCCGGAUGCCGGUGGUCAUCACACAGACAGUGCGUAUGGCAGGUGCUGUAGGGAAGAGUCCGGUGGUGCAGGUAGGGAAAAGCCCCUCGGCGGUCAGCGUGCAGCUUUCAGGCACUCUGAAGAACAAAGUCAACGAUCCUGGGGGAGGCUCCUAUAGGGACGAUGAUGAUAUCAACGACGUUGCGUCAAUGGCCGGGGUGAACUUGAGUGAGGAGAGUGCUCGUAUCUUAGCAACCAACUCGGAGCUGGUAGGCACGCAGAUCCGUUCGUGCAAAGACGAGGCCUUCCUGCCCACGGGUCUACUGCAUCGGCGCAUACUGGAGAUGGCUAAGAAAUUCGGGGUGACCGAGGUUCCUUUGGAGGCAGUAAACUUCAUCGCUCACGCCACACAGACACGGCUGAGGACGGUGCUGGAGAAAGUGUCCUUCAUUGCCCAGCAUCGCAUGGACUCCAGUAAGGAUGACGAGUGGUACGAGCAGUCGUCAGACGUCCGCUCUCAGCUCAAAUUCUUCGAGCAUUUAGAGCGGCUGGAGAAGCAGAGGAAAGACGAGCAGGAGAGAGAGAUUCUCCUCAAAGCAGCCAAAAGUCGCUCGAGGCAGGAGGACCCAGAGCAGGCUCGUUUGAAGCAGAAGGCAAAAGAGAUGCAGCAGCAGGAACUGGCCCAGAUGAGGCAGAGGGACGCGAACCUCACAGCUCUCGCCGCCAUCGGACCACGCAAAAAACGCAAAGUGGACUCGCCUGGAGGAACAUCAGGCAACGAGGUGUCGGGGAGCUCGGCGGGUUCUCCAGCCUCGUCGCUGUCGUCCUCGCGCCAGUUCCACCGGCAGCGAAUCACGCGCGUGAACCUCAGGGACUUCAUAUUCUACCUGGAGCAGGAGCGAGAGACGAGCCGAUCUCUCCUGCUCUACCGUGCUCUGCUGAAGUAGCUAACAUCCACCGUGUUAACAUUAACCCGACACGAAAUAAACUCAAAGCAACAUGGAAUCGGUAGCCAACCCGCAGCGACCUCCAGCUUCCUCCUGCACACGUGCCUUCAGCCAGGUUUCAGCUCUCCUGCUUCCUGUGGCCCUCAUCACAUCUUCAUCGCUUUAUUUAUUUAUUCCAAAAUUCGACACGGUGAAGACAUUUUUCACAUUUCUUUUCCAUGUCGUCAUAAAAAAACGAUCUUGGAUCGAAAGCUUGUCUAUUUAGGAUGAGUUUGAAAAGAAAAAAAAAAAUCGA